AAGCCGAUACUCCACCAAACUGCCAAAAACGAAGAGCGCCAGCCUAAAGAAAGCUUUCGUCGUCUAACCUGCCAAGGCUGCCGCUGCUCCUCUCCUCGUAAUGGUCGCCAGUGGCAGCAGCGCUGAUCUCGGGAGUGCGGUCGCCUGUUGUCCUUCUCUCCCACUGCCUGCUUUCUGCAACCUCUGACACCGCGCGCCGCGCCCCUGCUUUUUGGUUCGUCUUCUUGGCUUCUUGUCCCAUUUUUCUCCCGGAGUUUAGGGCUUUGAUCGAUAUUCGAAGGGAGGGUGGAGUCAAUAGGGAAAGGCGCCUGUUUUUUGAGACGGCAACUUUGCGCUUUCUGGUUUUCCAUGCGAAAGACUUAAUUUUGCUUUUGUUCUUUCACUCAAAGCGGCAAGUGAAUCUCCUCGCCGGCGGUCUCUUUCGUGACGAUGACGUGCACAGCGAGUGUUUGUGAUAAGUGCUCGCUGUCUCUUAGCUGCUGGAUUCGUUGAGCUCCCCCUUCGGUUUUGGUUUCUGGGGGCAGGGAUGAGGGACUUCCCUUCUCGUUUCGGCGAGAGCGGAGUUCAGGUGUUCGAUUCAUCCUCCGGCAGCGGCGCCGCUGCCGCCGCCAAGUCAGCCCAGAAUGUGGUGGUUUGCCUGUACCGCGCUCAGCUCCGUGGUCACCGCCCUUGCGUAAUCGGCGUCACGUGGAGCAAGUGCCUGAUGGGCCAAGGAUUAAGCGUCGGCAUUGAUGAUUCUGGCGGCCAUUGCCUCUGCAAGGUGGACAUCAAGCCAUGGCUUUUCUCCAAGAGGAGAGGUUCUAAGAGCUCAGCAGCGGAGGGCGUCAAGGUUGACUUUUUCUGGGAUUUUUCUUCUGCCAAGUUCGGAACAUCGCCGGAGCCACUGGGAAGUUACUAUCUCGCAGUCAUCUUCGACCACGAGAUGGUCCUCCUGCUCGGCGACUCGCCUAAGGAGGUCUUUCGCAAGAUUUCCACAUGCCCUGCGAAUUCCAAGGCAAUCUUUGUGUCCAAGAAGGAACACGUAUGGGGGAAGAAGGUCUACUCUAUCAAGGCCCAGUUCUGCGACAACGGGAAGGCUCACGAUGUUCUCAUCGAGUGUGACAUGGUCGGGAUUAAGGACCCCUGCCUCGACAUCCAUGUCGAUAAGAAGAGGGUGAUGCGGGUCAAGCGACUCGUGUGGAAGUUCCGAGGAAAUCAAACAAUUCUGGUCGAUGGCCUGCCCAUCGAGGUGUUCUGGGACGUUCACAAUUGGCUUUUUGGUGCUGCUCCAAAUGGGAAUGCGACCUUCAUGUUCGAAACUUGCCUAUCGGCCGAGAAGUUGUCGCCGUGGUCUUCGUCGCCGGGCUUCAGGCAGUCUCAACUUCACGGCGUGCGCUUCUCGUUGAUAGUAUAUGCUUGGAAGAACGAAAGCCAGCAAAAGCUAGCUUCCUAAAGACAAAUCAUUAAGGGAAUAUCAAAUUCAAACUCAUCGCUUCAAUUCAAGAAGUUCCCGGUGGGGAGGAGGUUAUUGUUUUGCAGCCAAAGGGAAAAAAAAAACAGUUCUCACUAUCAAGCUUCCCAUCCUCGGAGAAUGGUUGCGCGGGCAACUCG